CAUGAACACGAGAAGCCCCGCAACUACGUUAGAAACGAGCAGGCCUUCGACUCGUGCUCCUACCGGCAAUAAUGAGAAUACUGAGAGUGAUUUGGAGCCGCCGCUAGCAUCGCUAUCCCUAUCUACCAAAGGUCGUUACUUUGUUGUUACCGGAGGGACACAGGGAUUGGGUUUGGCGAUUGCCAUUCAACUCAAAAAAGCGGGCGCCGCUGGACUCUUCUUGGUCGCCCGAUCACCCGACAAGGGUCAAGCGGCGGUUGAACACCUACGCCAACAGCACCAGUUGGGAGACGACGGUAAAUCGACUUGUCAAGUCUUUUUUCUACCCACCGACUUGUCUGAUACGAAGCAAGUGCAAACCGUAUUUUCUCGGAUUGAAGACCUCUUGUCAACUACCGAUGUUGUCAGUGGUCUCGUAAACGCCGCCGCUAUAACGACACGGGGCAAUCUGUUUACCACCACGUCGAACGAGUUUGACACGCAGUUUUUCGUGAACGUACGCGCCCCCUUUUUGUUGACUCAAGCCUUGGCGGUUCAUUGUCGAAAGCAGCAGACACAAAGAACGUCACAAGUGCGGGCCAGCAUCGUCAACAUUUCCAGUGUCGCCGCGUACGGUGGCGCGCCGUUCAUUACAGCCUACUCGGCGAGCAAGGCCGCACUCUCCACUCUAACCAAAACUAACGCGGCUGAGCUCGCGCCUCAUGGAAUUCGUGUGAAUGCCAUUCAAUUGGGAUGGACCUAUACGGAUAACGAAGAUGCAUUGCAGACGGCCCAAUCGGAUCGGGAUUGGAUCCAGCGAGCCGACGAAGGUGUGCCGUUAGGACGCAUUUUGCGACCCCACGAUGUCGCCGUGACGGUUGUGUUUUUGUUGUCCGAAGCAUCGGCCAUGACGACGGGGACUUUAGUGGAUCUGCAUCCGGAGUAUGCUCACGGUCUUAUUUCGCUGGCACCGACUGAUGCCCGUUAAUCCAGACUGCUCUACAAAAGCUCAGCAUACGAUGGCCUCCGCGCGACUUUUUAAC